AUGGAUCAUGAAAAGGGUACUUUGGGCGGACUUUCUAUGUCGUUGAAGGCUGAAAUUGAGUCACAAUAUGCCCACCAUCUACUUUUUGCCUGCUGCCUGAUAUCUGGACUCAUGGAUAGCACAAUAUACCGCGGAAACACCAUCUUCGUCGGACUGGGGGCAUCGUCACAAAACCCUCAACCCUAUGGUUGGGCUCGGUCACUGACAUCCAUCGGCUCAUUUAUCCUGGGGUCAUUUCUUUUUGCUCAAUUACAUCGUGUUCUCGGGGCUCGACGCCGAGGGAGUCUGAUGCUAUCCUUCCUCGUGCAGGCCUGUCUUAUCACUCUUACGGCUGGGCUCGUCGAAGGAGGUGCCAUUUCAAGUGCUCUAGAUGGCAAAAUAUCGCGUGUCAUACCCCCAUGGGACCAAGAAGUCCCUAUCGUGCUCCUCAGCCUCCAAUCUGCCGGUCAAAUUGUGGCAAGUCGCUCGUUGGGAUUCAAUGAAAUUCCGACCGUGGUAAUCACGAGUCUUCUCUGUGACCUGAUGUCAGAUCCCAAGCUGUUCCUUUUAAGGAACGACAAGCGUGACCGCCGCAUUAUUGCGUUUGUGUUGACCAUUGUGGGUGCCAUCAUUGGUGGAUGGGUCACCAAGGCUACUGGAGCAAUCUCUCCUGUUUUGUGGUUAUCGGCCGGCAUCAAGAUGUUGCUGGUCCUGGCAUGGGGCUUUUGGAAAGCCAAGUAG